AUGUUCCACUCCCCCAUGGCAGCUGCUCAUCAUAAUCCAAUCAUCCCAGGGUUUGCACCCGAUCCUUCGAUCUGCUUGAUCGAUGACACAUUCUUUUUAGUGAAUUCAAGCUUCCAUCUGUAUCCCGGGUUGCCCAUUUACAUGUCAGAUGAUUUGAUUGCAUGGAAGCACAUUGGAAAUGCCAUUAACAAACCAGGACAACUGUCACUGGCUCGAGCGACUACCUUUCUCGCACCGUGGGACGAUGGCACAACCAUGGUGGGAACAGGCGGCUUAUACGCGCCCACGAUCCGACACCACAAUGGGAUUACUUACAUCAUAUGCACCAAUGUCAUUCAUGGCCCGUCUAAUGAACUGGGCGAUGAGCGAAAUGAACAGUUCAUCAUUCACACGACAGACAUCCGCUCGGGAAAUUGGUCGGAUCCGAUCAUCUUUGAAUUUCCCGGAAUCGACCCAUCUCUGCUCUUUGACGAUGAUCGGGUCUACGUCCAGCUGUGCAAGACGGGACCUGAGUUCCACAUUUACAAUUUCGAGAUCGAUAUUGAAACUGGGACCAAGAUCACGGAGCCUGCGCUGAUCUGGGAGGGUUGGGAGAAAGGAUACACAGAAGGUCCACAUGUAUACAAGAAGGAUGGUUGGUAUUAUCUGUUAUGUGCUGAGGGGGGCACAUUUCGAUACCACAUGUUGAGUAUGGCGCGAUCAAAGUCAAUAUGGGGUCCAUACGAGGCCUAUGAGAUGAAUCCGCUGUAUACGGCCAGCGGAACUGAGCAAUAUGUCCAAAAUACCGGUCACGGCGAUCUGUUUCAAGACCAACAUGAUCAAUGGUGGGUCGUCAUGAUUGGGAUUCGCAGCAAGGAUGGGAGAUGUAUCAUGGGACGAGAGACGUUUUUGACAGCAGUUGAUUGGCCUUCUAACGGGUGGCCGAAGAUUGAGCCCGUUAUUGCCGAUGGGGAUUUGGGGGCAGACAACCUCCAGCAUCAAGAGCCCCUCGCUACUGCCUCCUGGGUCUAUUUGAGAGAUGUCAAACUAGAUCGGUACCGUAUACAAGACGGCCUGAUCACGGUACAAGCCGACGUCGCGGACAUGACCAGCCCAGAUGAGUCCACUUCUUUUGUCGGCCAGCGAGUACGAAGACUUGAAGGCGCCGCGAUAGUGACUCUGUACAAACCGCAGAGUUCUACGUCGGUGCAUGCAGGCUUGGCUCUGUAUAAAGAUGAACACCGUUUUGUGACCAUUGGAUACGACACCCAGAUGAAGCAGGUCAUUCUCAGGGGACUGAAUCAAGCAAAACGCUUUUCGAGCAGCACCAGCGAAAUUGUUGAAGUCCAAGAUUCUCUGUCUUUCAAAAUCAGUUACACCGAAACAGCUCUGCAGUUCUUCUUCCAAGCAAAUGGACAAGACUGGCACGAGUUAUCGACCCUUGACACUGCAAUUCUCACGGAUUACGACUUCACUGGUCCAGUUGUUGGGGUUUUCGCGAUUGGGAACGAUGUCGCAGUGAAAUUUGGAAGCUUUCAAGUUGAUAUUGUAUAG